AUGACACGAAUCGCCACGCAACGGCUGUUCGCGGCAUCGCCGUGCCUGCGGGCUGCGGCAUUUGUGCAAGCUAACCAUCGCCCCCUCUCCCGCCACGCGCGGCACGCGAGCUCCCUUCCCACGGUCGCUCAGCUGGACUUCUGGAAGUCCCUCAUCCCGAAGCCGUUUCGGUCAGAGGAGAAGCUCCGCGAUGACCCCAUGAUCAAGCGGGUCAAGUCGAAGAGGAAGAAGGAGUGGAACCCGGCGACCUUUUACAUUGUCAUCUUUUUGCUCAUCGGCUCCAUGUCCAUCAACAUGCUGUCGACGAAGCAGGCGUUUGAGGCCUUCUCGCGCCAAGCAGAUGUGCGCAUCAGCGUUCUACGGGAGGUUGUUGAGAAGCUGCAAAGGGGUGAGACGGUUGAUGUGGAAAAGGCAUUGGGCACCGGCGACCCUCAGAAGGAGCUGGACUGGGAAGAGAUGCUGAAAGAGAUCGAGCGCGAGGACGUGUCCCGUCAAAAGAAGCAGGAAAAGGCGCGGCAGGCGGAGGCCGCAGCAAAGAGCAAGGCCGAGGCGAUUGCGGCGCGGCAACCGACGGCGGCACCCGAGGCUGUCAAGACGCCGGCACGGGGCAUGUCGAGCUUUUUCUAG